AAUCUGUAUUAUUCCAUUGGUUUAUAACUCAUUAAAACCUAUCGAAAUAACAGUCUUCAAUCAUGUUCUUUCUGAAAGAGCUUUACCAUACAAUCACCCUUCAUCCGUCUUAUUUCGGACCCAACAUGCACAGCCAGCUUAAAGACAAGCUGUAUGCUGAUGUAGAGGGAACAUGUUCCGGAAGAUUUGGAUAUAUUAUUACUGUGGUAUCAUUGGUUAACAUUGGUAAAGGCAAAAUUCUGCCAGGAUCAGGAUUGGCCGAAUUCAAGGUCAAGUAUCAAGCUAUUGUAUUAAAGCCAUAUAAAGGAGAAGUAUUGGAUGCCGUUGUCACAACUGUAAACAAGAUGGGUUUCUUUGCGGAUGUAGGCCCUUUGCAAGUAUUCGUUUCAAAUCAUUUAAUUCCGAAUGAUAUGAGAUAUGAUCCCAACGGAAACCCACCGUGUUACUCUUCUGAAGAUCAAAUGAUCCAAAAGGAUGUUCAGGUUCGGAUCAAACUAGUAGGAACACGUAUCGAUGCAACGGAAAUUUUUGCCAUUGGUACGAUCAAAGAAGACUACCUCGGCGUCAUCUCUUCUUAAGUUGCUAUCCAAACACAAAAACAUACACACAUACAUACACACAACCAUACACACAAACAUAAGAGAGAUGUCCAAGCCAGCCUUUGUCUGUCUCUCUUGUUUUUGUACAGCCUCCCUAUGCUCAACUGUCUUUAUACGAGACUAUCAAACAUCCACCAGAGCAAGUAGUGACAUCUCCAUGUAAUAAAAUAAAACACAAAAAAUAUCAAACCAGG